CCGGCACCUGACCCCUUCCCAUCAUGCCCCUGCUGCCCUUAUCGACAUGGCGUCGCUCACCCGCUACUGACGCUGCUGCUUGUGUUGGGAGUAAUUCUCAAACCUACUGAGUCUCUGCGGGGGAGGUGGGAUUGUGUUCAACACCUCGGCCAUCUUCUAGAUCUCACGGAUUCUAUUGGCGAAUCAAAGUUCUGGGGAGGAUCCUCUUUAAGUUAAAACCACAGCUUAGCUAGUUGCUGAAUGCUGGUAAACAGAGUGCUCAGAUACUUUGUUCCUCGCACUUUGAGUGUCACUUGGAUGGUGACAAGGAGAGCAGUGCAGACAGAGUCUCAGUUUCGUGUAACUGCAGGGAGCAGCUCCAUGAUGGAAACCGGAGAGGAAGUGCACGCGGAGCCAAACCCGAUGUGCACCAGCAAAGGCAGUGGGCAGUGUCAAAACGUCAGCCUUUUGGAGGCUGCUGAAGACUGUUUACCAAAUAGCACAACUCCUCCGGGAACGACAAACACAGAGACUGUUAUAAAUGAGGGGAAGGCGAAAAUUAUUUUCCCCAGUGCGAAUGAAGUGUUUUAUAACCCUGUGCAAGAGUUUAACCGUGACCUCACGUGUGCUGUCAUGACCGAGUUUGCCCGACAGCAGUUGCUGUCCAAGGGGAUUCAAGUGCGAAUCCCCGGAGAGGAGGAAAGGCAGCAAAUCGUUGUCAACUUGAUGGAGAAUGAAACUGCUGGAACUGCAGCAGGAUCGGGAGAUGCUUCAGUGUUAAAGAGAACGGCCACUAUCGGGGAGAAAUGUGAGGAUGGGAUUCGAGUUCUAGAGGGAUUGGCAGCAUCUGGACUUCGCUCAAUCCGAUUUGCCAAGGAAGUUCCCGGAAUUCACAGUAUUGUGGCAAAUGAUUUUUCCGAGAAAGCGGUGGCGCUGAUGAAGAGAAAUGUUGAGCUGAAUGGAGUACAGCACUUAGUAACGGCCAGCUUUGCAGAUGCAAGCAUGCUCAUGUACGGGUCCAGGAGGAGGCAGGACCGGUUUGAUGUGAUUGACCUGGAUCCAUAUGGAAGUCCUUCGCAGUUCAUUGACGCGGCUGUUCAAGCAGUGAGCGAAGGAGGGCUUCUCUGUGUGACGUGUACUGAUAUGGCAGUAAUGGCUGGGAACAGUGGGGAGACCUGUUACAGCAAGUAUGGAGCCAUGUCACUGAAGUCAAAGUUCUGUCACGAAAUGGCUUUGCGCAUCAUCCUACACAAUUUGGAUCUUCGUGCAAACUGCUACCAGCGAUACAUUGUUCCUCUCCUCUCUGUCAGUGUGGACUUCUACAUUAGAGUGUUUGUCCAGGUCUUCACAGGACAGGCUAAGGUGAAAGCAUCUGCCAGUAAACAGGCUCUGAUAUAUCACUGUGUGGGCUGCGGCACCUUCCACGUUCAGAGGAUGGGCAAAAUGAUCAGCCAUGGUAACAACUACAAAUACACAGCGAGCUCAGGACCACCUGUGGGAGCAGCGUGUGAGCAUUGUUGCCAGAGGCAUCUGCUUGGUGGCCCAAUCUGGGCUGAGCAAAUCCACGACCAAGACUUUGUAGAGAGAGUUCUCAAAUCAGUUGAACAAAACCCGAAGCGGUUCAAGACGUCCGAUAGGAUCCUGGGUAUCCUCAGCAUGGCCAAGGAGGAGUUGCCAGACUGCCCUUUAUACUACACCAUGGACCACCUGAGCAGUAUCAUCCGCUGUAAUACCCCAUCACUCCUACAGAUGAGGUCUGCUUUGCUGCACGCUGGUUAUCGAGUGUCUCUUUCACAUGCUUCCCAAAAGGCUGUUAAAACUGAUGCACCACCUUCGGUGAUCUGGGAUAUCAUGAGGUGCUGGGAGAAAAUCCACCCAGUGAAACGAGAGAAACUGUCUGAAAGCUGUCCUGCCUUUCGAAUCCUCGGCAAAGAGCCUGUUCUGCAGGCUUGCUUUGAUAUCCGGGAAGAUGCAAAUCCCAAAUCUAGGAAGCAAGGCCUAAAAAGAUUCCAGGAAAACCCGGAAGCCAACUGGGGACCAAAGGCGAGGGCUAAAGUUGGUGGAGGAAUUUCACAAACUUUGGAAGAGAAAAGGAAACGGCUGCAGAAUAAGCGGAAGCUGAAACUGAGCGAUCCAGAUUCUGGGAAGACUAUCCCCUGUAAAAUAUUCCGAGAGGGAUACUAUGCCUCUGGAGAGGAGUGUCAGCAGGAAGCAACCACCACGAGAACUGACCAAUAGGCAUCAGAAGUGCAGUUUUCUGUGUCACUAGUCACAUUGCAAAUACCGAACUCCUGAAAGCAAAUAACAACCCACCAGAGAGUGAUGGCAGGAUCCAAAUGUAAAGUGUAAGAUUUGACAUGCAUAUUUUAUAAUUAAACUGCAUUUUUAAAGAA